AAAUAAUUCAACGAGAGUAUCAGAUACAACCUGGGGGAUGGGCUUGUCUAUUGUCCUUUAACUACGGUGGUGACACAUUCUAUAUGGUUGUGAUGCAAAACAUCAGGGCUGGUGGCGCAGCUGAGUCCGUCAGCAGACCUGGAUUUUGAUCACGAGGACUCGUGAAUCAACUUUACUGCUGUGAAUAAUUUCGGAAAGCCACCAAACUACGCACGAACAUGCCAAGAAUCGUAUACCUGAUAUACUACUUCAAUGAAAUUAAGUGCGAAUAAAUACUCAACCGACUCCUACACCAAUACUCUAGUCCACAAUCCUCACUCACUCGUUGCACACCCUCAAAUAAGCUAAAGGCAGUGGGCAAAAUGGGCGUAUCACAGAGCGCUCUCGAGAAAUCAAUCAGCGCAGCCCUUGGUGGUGACGAGGCCCUUUACGCGUUCCCUGGGAAGCCUUUCUAUCAAAUAGAUAAUGUCAAACCUUAUAAUCUUUCAAUACCAAUCAAGCCGGCUGCAAUAACAUACCCGAAGACCUCUACUCAAGUUGCGGCAAUCAUCAAAUGCGCGGUGGAUGCGAAUGUCAAAGUCCAGGCUCGAAGCGGUGGCCAUAGCUAUGGCAAUUAUUCCCUUGGUGGAGUGAACGGUGCAGUUGUUAUCGACUUGAGGCACUUUCAGCAGUUUUCCAUGGAUCAUACAACCUGGCAGGCCACAGUAGGACCAGGCACUUUGCUCGGCGACCUCACAAAACGUAUGCACGAAGCUGGCAACCGUGCCAUGGCGCACGGCAUAUGCCCACAAGUCGGACUCGGUGGACACGCGACAAUCGGUGGCCUAGGACCAAGCUCACGUCUCUGGGGGUCUGCUCUUGACCAUAUUGAGGAAGUCGAGAUCGUACUUGCAGAUUCAACAAUCAGGCGCUGCUCAGCUACACAAAAUCCUGAUAUUUUCUGGGCGGUGAAAGGAGCGGCUGCGAGCUUUGGUGUCGUGACUGAAUUCAAGCUUCGCACAGAGCCAGAGCCUGGUGAAGUUGUUCAAUUCGAGUACUCAUUCACGGUAGGCUCGUUUGCAUCUCAAGCGGCAGUGUUUAAGAGAUGGCAGAGUUUGGUUGCCGAUCCAGAACUUACACGCAAGUUCGCUACCAAAGUUGCCAUUUCUGUGGUGGGGAUGAUUAUUUCCGGGACGUAUUUUGGCCCUCAGGCUGAAUAUGACGCUUUCGACAUGCAAAGUAAACUCGGGGGAGAGUCAGUUGCUAAAACAAUUGUGUUCAGAGACUGGCUGGGAGUCGUGGGCCAUUGGGCUGAAGAUGCUGCGUUGCUUUUUGCAGGCGGACUGCCCUCUCAUUUCUAUAACAAGACCUUGACUUUCAAUGGCGCUACUUUGAUCCCGGACGCGGUCAUUGAUACCCUCUUUGCGUAUUUGGACAGAGUUUCGAAGGGAACGGUGAUUUGGUUCCUCAUCUUUAGCUUGGCUGGCGGGGCUGUGAACGAUAUUGCUCAUGACGCGACUUCUUACGCCCACCGGGACGCACUGUUUUACUUCGAGUCAUAUGGGAUUAGCUUGGUUAAGGUUUCAAAAACGACCAAGGACUUUAUUGCUGGCAUCAAUACAACGCUUAAGAAUGGGGUGCCAGGAGUAGAAGACCUUGGAUCGUACGCAGGUUAUGUGGACCCGGAGCUCUCGAAUGGGCCGCAACAGUAUUGGCGUACGAAUCUUCCUAGGUUGGAGCAGAUUAAGGCCGUCGUCGACCCCGGCGAUGUUUUUCACAAUCCACAGAGCGUGAGCCCGGCGGGUUCAACACGCAGUCUGUCCAAGCUUAUGGUCGGAAAACGAGCCAAAUUGAGAUCUUUCUUCCGUCAUCGAAAAGGUCGAAACUGAUCAUUAUUUUUGCAUCGUUAGCUCAUGGAGUCUUGAAUGGGCAGAUUAAGAACUGCUAGGGGCUAGGUCUUGAUUCCCAAGAAAAUGAUAUGUCUAAUUUCCUACAAGAGACCAAGGCACCACCACUUGAAUUAUGAAAUAAUAGCUGAAAUCGCCCAUAAUUGUGAGCUUCGUAUGUUAAAUUCUUAUUAUCCAAUCAAAGUAUUUCCGUCUUCAAGUAAAUACGAGUAAAGUGACGUUAUUAUACAAGGCGACUGUUAAGCCAUAAAAGUCCACGCACUUAGUAAUUCGGGCGUUUGGCGUGAUAAAGUACUGCCCCCCUU